AUGAUUUCAAAUUGUACCCCUACAAAUUCGCCAAAGGACACUGCUUACCGACAAAGUGAAGACCUCAAGAUUGAAAAAAUGGAGAAAGAUGAGAUCUUUGCGUGCUAUGACAAACUUGGUCAGAUUCUCUUCACAGAAGUUAAGAUAAUUACCGUUGAACCAGUUCGAUAUGGAAAAAAUGGAAAAGAAGUGAAAAAUUGGAAAAAAAUCAACGGAAACUGCGGUCAAAAGGAUCUGAAGGUCGUCAGAGUUGAGAAAACUCAUUUUUAA